AUGGCUUUGGAUGUUCCUAAGCCACUCCUCCUCCUGCUGGGGGCCACCAUACAGGCCAUUGUAUUCAGGUCAAUUUGGUCUCACCCAUUUUCGCAACAUAGUUUAAUGAGCAUAUUCGCUGCAUUUAUGGCGUUGGACGUCUUCGCGUUCAGCCUCCACAUCGUUUUUAUAUAUCCAAACUUCCUCAGCCCCAUUCGCCACCUUCCUACUCCAAAGGGAGCCGUUCCAAUCCUUGGUCACUUCCUCACUGGAUUGAAAGCUACCCGGGGAGAAGAGUACUUGAAGUACAGCCUGGAAACUCCGAAUGAAGGGCUCAUUCGUCUCCGAGGCCUAUUCAACUCGGACCAAAUUCUGGUGACGAGCCCCAAAGCACUGGCUGAGAUUUUGGUCAAUAAGCCUUAUGACUACCCUAAACCGGAGAGGAGUAGGGAGUUUCUACGCACGGGUCUCGGGGACGGGCUCGUCGUCGCCGAGGGCGAAUACCACAAAUUCCAGCGAAAAUACGCCACACCAAGUUUCAGCUUCCGCCACGUAAAAGACCUCUAUCCCCUAUUCUGGGACAAGGCUCUGAAGAUGACAAAAGCUAUUGAAGAUGAAAUCUUCGGGCCGCAAGGGACUGUGACAAACAUCGAAGGAAAGCUCGUUGGUAUCACAGAUAUCGAGCGAUGGGUACCACGAGCUACCCUGGACAUUAUAGGUAUCGCGGGGGUAGGUCGAGACUUCAAUACAUUGGAAAACUCUGACGAUAAAAUGGCCACACUAUACGCGACUUUGUUUACGCCCACACUGGGAACACGCAUGGUCGCUGCAUCCAUCCUGGUAUUCGGUCAUCGAUGGACGAAGGUCCUCCUGCCGUCAGCUUCUCGUACAAUUUACAAUGCAGUUAGUGCAAUACGAUCUCUUUGCGGUAACUUUGUGCGCGAGAAAAGGGAGCGCAUCAAACAAGGAGACGACGAAUCAGUCGAUGUCCUCGCAUCUCUGAUCAAAGCGGACGUCUUCUCGGACCAUGAACUGGUUGAUGAGCUUUUGACCAUCCUCGCUGCUGGCCACGAAACCACCUCGUCGACCUUUACAUGGAUCACUUACUUCCUCAGUCGUCAUCCGGACAUUCAGUCGCGACUUCGCGCAGAAGUCCAUGACGCAUUACCUAUCGGCUUUGCCCCUGGCAAAAGCCCCCAUUCCGAUGUUUGUGCAAUUCUCGAGUCUCUGCCUCUGCUGAACGGCGUCUGUCAAGAGACACUCCGCCUGUUUCCACCCGUGCCGGUUACGUUGCGUCAAAAUAAGAAAGAUAACACGCUCCUUGGCCAGCCCAUCGCUGCACACACAUUACUUACGUUGGCACCCUGGGCGACCAACAACUCUCCAGAGCUAUGGGGUCCCGAUGCCCACGAAUUCAAACCAGAGAGGUGGAUAGAUCCGGAAACCGGGAAACCAAAUCAGACCGGUGGCGCCUCGACCAAUUACGCCUUCAUGACAUUUCUGCACGGGCCCCGUAACUGCAUCGGCCAGCAGUUUGCAAGGGCCGAGUUGAGAGCGCUGUUGGCUGCCUUUAUCUGCAUGUAUGAAUGGACACGGGCCGAGCCAGAGGAGGAAGUAAUCCCUGCGAUAGUGAUCACAGUGAAGCCGAAAGACGGCUUACGUCUGAAACUAACCAAAGUUAGAGACUGGUGA